AUGCCGCAUUGGACUGAACUUAUUGCAGAGAAGAAGCAGAGGCAGCUCAAGUCCAUUCCACAAGAGUGGCUUGUGUCCCCUCCUCCAGACUCUACUCUGGACGUGACUGGUUUCCCGGAGACGUGCGGCCUUCUGACUGCACGAGAAAUUGAGAUCACCAAUACUUCGGUGGAUGUUUUGUUGGAGAAACUCGCGUGUGGCGAAUGGACUGCUGUAGACGUUACCACCGCGUUUUACAAGAGGGCUGUUGUCGCUCACCAGCUCGUCAAUUGCCUGACGGAAAUAUUUGUUGAUCGUGCAUUAGCCCGAGCAGCGGAACUCGAUGAUCAUUUCAAACAGACAGGGAAGGUCGUUGGUCCCCUCCAUGGGCUGCCGAUCUCUCUAAAGGAUCAAAUAUGUAUCAAGGGGCUAGAAACUACCAUGGGUUAUGUCUCGUGGAUUGGGCGAUACGCAGAGAAAAACGCUGUAUUGGUCGACAUUCUGAUCGAGUGCGGAGCCGUGCCAUUUGUCCGCACCAAUCUUCCACAGACAGUCAUGUGGCCAGAAUCCUUCAAUAAUAUCUUCGGCCGGACGACUAACCCACACAACCGCUCUCUAACCCCGGGUGGGUCAUCAGGAGGAGAGGGUGCGUUGGUUGCCCUUAAAGGAAGCCCUUUGGGGGUAGGUUCUGAUAUUGGGGGAUCGAUUCGUAUUCCUUCCUCGUUCUGUGGCUUGUACAGUCUGAGACCAUCAUACGGGCGUGUGCCGUACUGUGGCGCCCUUAACUCACUCGAGGGCCAAGACUCGGUUCACUCCGUGUUCGGUCCUAUGACAAAUAGCGUCGGCGGGGUCAAAGCCUUCAUGAAAGCUGUUGUCAAUGCCAAACCAUGGCUCAAAGAUCCUCUUGCAGUUAGGAAGAAAUGGCAUGAAGACGAAUACAAUCUCGCAGACCAUGGAUCUGGCAAGGACUUGUGCUUUGCGAUCAUGUGGGAUGAUGGCGUUGUUGUGCCCCACCCGCCUAUUAGGAGGUCUCUGGAAAUCACUAAAGCGGCUCUCGAGAAGGCGGGCCACAAAGUUGUUGACUGGAAGCCUAUCAAGCACAGGUUGCUUGCAGACACCACGCGGAACAUCUGGAACGCCGCCUCCAGCGAAGACUACAUGAUGACGACCUCCGCCACAGGGGAACCAAUAAUUGCGACGAUGGAGCUAGAUGAUUCAGAUGCUACGGCAGCACCCUUCCGCCCGAAGAAGGUCGGUAUCACCGCAUACCAGCUCUGGCAAGUGCAAAAACUGCGCAGAGACAUCCGAAAAGAAUAUCUGGACCAUUGGGAAGCAACAUCAUCAGAGACUGGUACAGGACGGCCUGUCGAUGCUAUCAUAUGUCCAGCGUCAUCAUAUGUAGCGACUCCCCAUGGGAAGAACAGGUACACUAACUACACCACGGUUUGGAACGCGCUCGAUUAUCCCGCUACGACUUUCCCUGUGACUACAGUCGACCCCACUCUUGACGCGAAGAAACCUCGUCAUGUUUUCUAUGACGAUUUUGAUAAGGGUAUCUACGAAAUGUACGAGCCGGAGAUAUUCAAGAACGCGCCUGUUUGCCUGCAACUCGUAGGUCGGACUUUGGAGGAAGAGGCUGUCAUAAAAAUGACCGAGAUUGUCGAUGGGGCGCUGGCAGCCGCCAAAUAA